AUGGCGGAGAGGCCACCUCUACCCUUCUCCUCUCCCGAGCAGGCCUCUUCCGCCACCCCCUUCGGCUCCCCGCUCGAGCCCGUCGCCGCACCGCGCCAGCUCAAGCCGCCGCCGGGCGAAACCUACGUCGUCAAGGUCCAGAAGGACCAGAUAUACCGUAUUCCGCCCCCCGAGAACGCGUACCUCGCCGAGCGGUACCGCACCGAGCGCGGCGGCGGCGGCCAGCGUGCCGGGGACCCCGCGUGCUCGCCGUGCGUGCAGCUCACGGUCGGCCUCGCGGUCACGGCGGCGCUGCUCCUGGGCGCGGGCAUCGCGCUCUUCGUCGUCGUGCUGCGGCCGUAUCCGCCCAGCUUCUCCGUCGACCGGCUGUCCGUCCACAACGCGUCGGCGCAGUACCACGUGGACUACGACUUCUUCCUGACGGCGAUCAACCCCAACAAGGUGACCGCGCUGUGGUACAAGGACGGCGGCAAGGCGACGCUGCUGCACCAGUGGACGGCCCUGGCCAAGGGCGGGGUGGGGAAGCCCGAGGAGGGCGGGGAGGACGCCACGGACUUCAACGUGCUGCUGCACGCCGUCGGCCACCCGCCCCCCAAGGGGGUGGAGAAGGCGCUGAGUAGCGGGUCCAAGAAGGGCUCGCUGGUGGCGCUGGAGCUCGCGGUGGACGUGCCUGUGCAGGUGCACGUCGGCGCGCUCGGGUUCCAGACGACGAGCCUGGCCGUGGUAUGCGACAUCAGAACGGCCGGGCUAAGGAAGGACGUGCACAUUUCGUCGCAGAAUUGCAGGAGCAGCUUCGAUAAAUGA